UGGUUGGAAUUUAAACCUGUGAUUUCUCAAAUGGAUAAAAUACUAGAGGAUAGAUAUAAAGUCAAGACCAAACAUAGUGUGAAAGCAUCAAUUCAAGGGAAAGUGUACAAUUUUCUGGAGCGGCCAACAGGAUGGAAGUGUUUUAUUUACCAUUUCACAGUCUUCAUGAUGGUGCUUAUCUGUCUCAUCUUUAGUGUGUUGUCUACCAUAGCUCAGUACACAAGCUUUGCCAACGAAACUCUCUUCUGGAUGGAGAUUGUACUUGUGGUAUUUUUUGGUUUGGAAUAUGUCAUCCGUCUAUGGUCAGCUGGUUGUCGUAGCAAAUAUAUGGGGUUAAAAGGGAGGUUACGCUUUGCACGAAAACCCAUCUCCAUCAUAGAUUUCCUUGUGGUGUCCGCAUCAAUUGUGGUACUGUCAGCAGGCUCUGAGGGUCAGGUGUUUGCAACAUCAGCUAUCAGAGGUGUGAGAUUUUUACAGAUUUUACGAAUGCUCCAUGUAGAUAGACAAGGAGGCACAUGGCGUCUCUUAGGAUCUGUAGUAUAUAUACAUAGACAGGAGCUGAUAACAACACUGUAUAUAGGAUUUCUAGGUCUCAUUUUCUCAUCCUACUUUGUCUACCUCGCUGAAAAAGACUUCGUAACGGAGGAUGGUAUUACCCACUUCACAAGCUAUGCAGACGCCCUCUGGUGGGGAGUGAUUACUGUCACCACCAUUGGUUAUGGGGAUACAGUUCCUAUGACAUGGAUGGGGAGAAUUGUGGCCUCCUGUUUCUCGGUCUUUGCCAUCUCAUUCUUUGCUCUCCCAGCUGGUAUUUUAGGAUCAGGGUUUGCAUUAAAAGUUCAACAGAAGCAAAGACAGAAGCAUUUUAACAGACAGAUACCAACAGCUGCUGCAUUGAUACAGAGUUUAUGGCGAUGCUAUGCUGCCGAGCCUGGUUUCAAUUCCACCGCUACUUGGACAAUGCACCUGGACAAACACUACAAAGCAUAUUAUGCCAACAAUUCUUCAGCCUCUCCCUUCGCACGCAUGGCCCGUCGCACCAGUUUCUUGAAAAAAAGACGCUGCUCACGGUCUGCUGGCAACAGUGUAUUUGACAGACAUGAAAGUGUCAGCUCUAUAUCAGGGUACCUAGAGCCAAACAAACCAGGUACUCCCAAUAAAUCACCUGUAGGCUCCUUUGGACUGCCAUCACAGGAUGUCCUGGAAUACUCUGUUGAUGAUGGGGAUGAAAAUGAUGUGAUAUCCAAGCCAGAACAACUCACAGAUGCUCAUAAAACUAUGAUUCGGGUGAUACGAAAAAUCAAGUUUUUUGUAGCAAGGAGAAAAUUUCAGCAAGCUCGAAAGCCAUAUGACGUACGUGAUGUAAUAGAGCAGUACUCUCAGGGACACCUCAACAUGAUGGUCCGUAUCAAGGAGCUGCAAAGAAGACUGGAUCAGACAUUAGGGAAACCCCUGUACACAGGAUCAAAGGAAAACAAAGAAAAGGUUACAGUGUGUGCUAGGAUAGCAUCAAUAGAAAACCAGGUGAAUCGCUUGGAUAAAAAGAUGGACCAAGUGCUCCUCAUGUUGAACCUGGUGGUAAAGUCUCAGAGUAACACACAGAAGACAGGCUCCACAAGCUCUUAA